CUAAGCUGUGCUAUCUACAGUCACUGGCUCCUAUCCACACCUCCUCAAUUGUUCCCAUAAACCCCAGCAUUGUCACUGAGGCUCUGGCAGUGUGAUGAAGACUUGCCUGGGGCACACUGAGCUUGCACUCACAACUAGCAGCGAGUAAAAGCUCCAACACAGGAUCUCUAGAAGUCAGGGAGAAGAUUCAGGUUUCUCUUUCACUCUUCACGCAGGAAGCUCUCUCUCUCUAUCUGCACUUCUUCUAUAACUCACCUUCUGCAUCCCCUAUCCUUGUGUAGCCAUGGAGAAAGUCCAGCACAUAACCCGCUCAGCCAUGAGGAGAGCCUCAAACAUUGAGGUCAAUCCACAAACGCGCCGAAAUCUACAGGAGCUCUUUAUCAAUUUUUCUCUGAUUCUCAUAUGUCUGCUGCUCAUCUGUAUCAUUGUGAUGCUACUUUGAGGGUUUCUGUCCAUCACACAACACUUAGAGAAAGCGCAAAAAAGAAAGACUGAACAACAGUUCCCAAGGCGCUCCACUCUUGUAAACAUGCUUCCACAACGGGUAGUGUCUCAGCUGUGUAUGCAGUUCACUUGUGUUAAAAUGCUUCCUUAAAUACAAAAGAUUGACACUAUAUAGCGUGAUAAGCAUUGCCUCAUAUAUUCACUGUAUUGUUUAAACCUGUCAUGCAUGAUAGCGGUAACUAUGAGCAUGUUUUAUACACUUUCACCACCACUGCUGAGGUGCAUGGCUUGGAAGAUUGUCCACAUGAAUGGUGUCCUCCAUAGUAUAAGAGAAUGAGAAUAAAACGAUUACAUCACUGUGUAA